AUGAAAGGAAAAGAUUUGCCGCCGUCAGGAUACGAUGUGACUUUAAUCCUCCCGCAAUGCGUCUGCUUAAAAAAUUACCAAGAAUAUAAGAAGAUUAAUGAAAGCAAAAGCGAUGAGACUCUUUCCGAUGGAAAAUCUGAGACUAUAAGCAAUUUAAUAUGCAUGCCGAGCGUCACGGAACUUUCGUGGGACAUACUGCAGUCUGGUGCAUUCGAGAAAAUACCGGAAAAAUAUACGACCAACAUUUUUGAAACUAAGAAAAAGGAAUCGGAAGAUGCUGGAUGCUUUAAAACCCAGAGGAAGAUAUGCGAGGUCAAAGGUUCUCACGUAUCGUAUUGCUUCCAUAAAAUAUUUUUCGAGAAUUUGAAUAAAUCAUAUACUUCGAUGUAGUAGAAGAAAUAAAUAUAUUGUAUACCUCCGAUCUACUCGCUGCUAUUUGUCACUGCUUCGCAUUAACAGUACAAAUGUCUAAUCAUUAUAAGUAAAUAAGUAAGAUUUUCGUUCAUAAUAAAUAUUGCACAUUCUGUACUUAAGUUACCGGGCAAAUUUAAAAAAUUUGCGCAUAAUGUACAGAGUCCUCUACGACACGCUAUCGUGUCGUAAGAACUGCGUAAUAGUGCGUAAGAACAAGAACCACGGUAAGUAAGUUGCUUUUGAGCGCGUCGUACCGUGCCUUGUCCUCAGUGAAGCGGUUUUAUUAUAAAUAAUCGCGGAGAGGUGCAACUACUUUUUGAAGAACAAUUAUAUUUACUGGAUACUUUGAAAUCGACUAAAUCUUCAAACAUGACUGACGAAGUUAAUCCGAAAGCGUACCCUUUGGCAGACGCUGCUUUGACUGCAAAAAUCUUAAAUUUGGUACAACAAGCUAUGAACUACAAACAGUUGAGGAAAGGAGCCAACGAAGCGACAAAGACAUUGAAUCGUGGCCUUUCAGAAUUUAUUGUAAUGGCAGCAGAUGCCGAGCCAUUGGAAAUUUUGUUACAUUUACCAUUGCUUUGCGAAGACAAGAAUGUACCAUACGUAUUUGUUAGGAGUAAGCAAGCAUUAGGCCGUGCUUGUGGUGUAUCCAGGCCUGUUGUCGCAUGUUCCGUAACAGUUAACGAAGGAUCACAAUUGAAACCACAAAUUCAAGCCAUACAACAAGAAAUCGAACGUCUAUUAGUUUAAGUAUUAUGUACCUGAUUUAGAAUCAGUCUUUUUAAAUAUAAGUAACUACAGACUAUUGUUUCCAGUUUUCAUACAGAUUUUUUUUCAAUGAUUUCAAUGUAUUAAACAAUAUGUAUUUUUCAUACAAUGAAACAUGAGUGAUCAUGUUACUUUUGUAAAUAAAAGGAAAUAGAAACUAUCGAUAGUGUUUGUGUCACUUAAUAUAUAUGUAAUUUAUUAAAAGUCUCCUCUUAGAA